GAGGGAGCCGUCAGCCCCGCGCUUCUCCCCUUGCCCGGGCUGAGCAGGCACUUUACAAAGAUGCUUCAAGAAGGAGAGGCAUCCCCUAGAAUCUUCAAAGACCAGGAUGGAGGAUGGGCUUGGAUGGUCUUAAUAGCCACAGUGCUGGUUCAAAGUCUAACACUGGGUUUUCCUUCAUGCAUUGGAGUCUUCUUCAAGGAUCUGCAGCAUGAUUUCCACGCUACCAAUAGUGAGACAUCAUGGUUUCCCUCCAUCAUGACAGCUGUCCUCCAUGCAGGUGGUCCUCUUUGUAGCAUUUUGGUGGAUCGAUUUGGCUGCAGGAUAACAGUCAUGGUAGGAGGCCUGCUCAGUGGAGUGGGCAUGGUUGCCAGCGCUUUCUCUAACUCACUUAGCGAGCUUUACCUAACAGCCGGAUUCAUCACUGGCCUGGGAUCAUCUUUUAGCUUCCAAGCAGGUGUCACUGUACUUGGUUACUAUUUUAUACAACGGCGAGCAUUAGCCAAUGCCUUGGCCUCUACUGGAAUCUCCAUUGGCAUGACAGUGUGGCCACUAAUUUCCCAAAACCUGCUUGAUGAGAUGGGCUGGAGAAACACAUUUCUAAUCUUUGGGGGAGUGUUGCUGAACUGCUGUGUGUGUGGGGCUGUGAUGAGGCCAGUCCCAAGUAAGCUGUCUGCCCUUUCACUGAAAUCUUGUUCAGAACAGUCAACUGGAGGAAUGCCCAAUGGAAACACUUCGCAUCAUAAAGAACAAUGUCAGUCAAGAUUUACUGUGUGUUCCCAGACCCUGAAGAAGUACCUAGCUUUUGAUGUCUUCUGCAAGAACAAAGGCUACCAAAUCUAUACCAUUGGAGUUACCUGGAUGGUGAUGGGUUUUGUUCUGCCUCUUGUUUAUUUGGUACCCUAUGCCAUCUUGAAUGGAGUGGAGGAACAGAAAGCAGCCCUCCUAAUUUCCAUUAUUGGAUUCAUCAACAUAUUUAUGCGCCCAAUUGCAGGCCUUCUCUCAGGUCUUAGUGUCUUCACUGGCAGGAGGAUCUACCUCUUUAGCUCAGCUGUGAUGCUCAAUGGCCUGAGCAACCUCAUCUGUGCUGCGUCAGCUGAGUAUAGUAUUCUUGUCGUCUACUGCUCGGUCUAUAGUGUCUCCAUGAGUGUCAUCGGUGCACUUCUCUUCCAAGUGUUAAUGGAUGUAGUGGAAAUGGACAGGUUCUCUAGUGCCUUGGGUCUUUUCACCAUCUUGGAAAGUAUCACCAUUCUUAUUGGACCUCCUCUUGCAGGUCUUCUUGUGGAUGUUACAGGACACUUUAGUUAUGUCUUCUAUGCUUCCAGCUUCUUCAUGGUAACAGCUGCUCUGUUCAUGGGUCUUAGCUUUUGCAUGUUGGAAGCCAAAAACAAACAGAAAGAGGUUAAUAAGCCACUCUCUGAAGAUCUCUCCAAAGGAAAAUACGCAGAGGUGCCAACUGAAUUUGUGCCUAUGAAGAACAGUCCUCCUGAAAUAAUGUAUAUAACAAGCAUCUGAAGGCAAAGGAGCUGAAGGAAUAUUGUAUUAUGCAAAAAUGCAAAAGCCAGGGGAAGGGACAUCACGCAGAGAAGUGCCUCUUUUUCAUGCUCACCUCCUUCCUGCUACAAUGGUCUACUCAACUGGGUUCGGUUCAGAUUUCUAGAGAAAUUAUCCAGAUAAGAAGAGACACAAGCACUAAGGAGCACUUUAAACAAAAUGUAUAAGAUGCAAUUCUUAUGACAGCAUCUGAUAUUACUUGAAGUAUAGCAAAUUAUCAGGUUUUCUUAUAGACUCUUAGUAAAAACAGGACAUUUACCCUUUCGGUUAACUAUCUCGUUCUCUAAAACAAGCAAGCCCAGCAUAUUAUUACUUAUACAGGACAUUUGGUUUUGGAGAAGUCAAUUGGUUGCAAUUAAGCUUGUAUUGAAGUCAACUGGUGGACUUCUUUCCAAGCGUAAGUGCAGAAUUCUUAUUUAUUGAUCUUUACUGCUAGUUUCUUGAAUGUUAAGCAGAAUUGUUCAUCCCUGUUUUAUCAUUUGAGGGCAUUUUCUAGAGGAAUGUAUCAUGUAUAAAGCAGCCUGAGUGGAAUUAUAUGCACUGCUAUAACCAAAGUGAAUAUUUUCUGCAUUUCAAAGCCUUUUUAUGGAGACAAUAAAGUCUUAAUCCCAAAACUGCAACUUGAAGUAAAAGUGGACAGUUCCAAAGUGCCUACGCAUUAACCAAUAGUGGCUUAAAUUUUUCUUCCUCUUUGAAUGUAUGUUGCUGCAUGACACUUUCUAGAGCUGUG